AUGGCUUUCACAGCCUCCGUCGUCGAAUUGCACCCCCUCCCUUCCGUAGCUCCCGACCCGCCUACCGACCCCGAGAACCUGCCCACUGUUUCCGACCCGUUCAGUCUAUCUUCCGGCCUCAAGACUUCCGAGGAAAUCCACAACCUGACCGCUAGACAUCGCAACCCACGCUGGAAGUACUCCCGUGCUGAGCAGACUCUUGGCCAAUCGAGCACCGCCGGUGCCGGUAAUGGUGGAGCUGCUGAUGACGAUAAGAGGAAGCGGAAGGUUGAUGUUAAGGGGAUUCACGAGUUCUACCGGAGCCAGAACCAGUCGAUUCAGCAAUUGCUGAAGCCUGUCGAGGAGCACAGGCGUGAGGCAAAGGAUGAGAAGGGUGAUACACGCAUCCGCUAUCUGAUUGCCGUCCAUGGAAGUUUUUUCGCCAACAUCGUCCUAGCCGUCCUGCAACUUUAUGGUGCCCUGUCUUCCGGGUCCCUCUCACUUUUCGCGAGUCGGUAUCCCCUUGGAAACACUCCGGAUCAUGGUAUACUGGUAUGCUAACUGUUAUUUGUUAGCGAUGGCCGAUUCCAUCUUCGACCCAUGCUCCAACCUUCUAUUGAUUCUCUCUCACCGUGCUGUUAACAAGGUGGACCCUAACAGAUUCCCCUCCGGAAAGGCACGUCUUGAGAAUGCGGGCAAUAUUGUCUUUUGUUUCCUCAUGUGCGCGGUCUCGUUAAUCCUGAUUGUGGUGUCGACCCAAGAACUUGUAACGCACAAGGCGGGGGAUGAGCUUAACAAAUUCCAUCUACCGUCCAUCAUUGCUGUUGCCGUCGCCUUCGCCACAAAGCUGGCGCUAUUCCUGUAUUGCUGGAGCCUCAGAAACAUUUAUUCCCAGGUCAGGAUUCUCUGGGAGGAUCACCGCAACGACCUGCUCAUAAACGGGUUUGGUAUCCUCACUUCAGUGGGAGGAUCGAAAUUGAAGUGGUGGUUGGAUCCGGCUGGUGCCAUCAUCCUCAGCUUACUAAUUCUGGGAUUGUGGUCCCGCGCCGCUUAUCGUAUGGCGCCCAUCGGCUUACCCCCGAUAUCCCUCGAACCAAACAAAAACUAACCCGUGACACUACCAGGCGAGUUCUUGUUGUUGGUUGGCGUGACCGCUGAGCAGUCCGUUCUCCGGCUCAUCACUUACAUCUCCAUGACCCAUUCUCCGCUCAUUACCCAGAUUGAUACUGUCCGGGCAUACCACAGCGGGCCGAGAAUCAUUGUCGAAGUGGAUGUCGUAAUGCCCGCCACUACCGCUCUCCAGGUCACGCACGACAUCGCGGAGGAGCUCCAAGUCAAGCUAGAGAGCUUGCCGGACGUUGAGAGGGCAUAUGUCCACGUCGACUACGAGACCAGUCACAAGCCGGUAUGUCCAUCCCCACCUCCACCCUUCUCCCCGGAGACGGUGUUAAUGUUGGGCCCGCUAGGAACACUUCUUGAAGAAGGAAUUGUAGGUUGGGGGAGGGGGUUGUUCGGUUGCUUCUGAGUCGUGGGUUGUUUGCAAAUAUUUGCUGGUUCCUGGACGCAAUUUUUGUGGCUAUAGUGUGCUGUCGCUGCACUUGUGGUGCAAAUUUUCCUCUUUUUUUUUCUUUUUUUUUCUCCUCCAUUCCAUCUCGUUUCAAUAACUUCUGACGAUUGCUUUUGCGAUACCUCUGUUCUUCUCUACCAGGAUGAGCUCAACGUAGCCCUGAAAUGAAGGGGAGCGCGAGUGAGCACAGCACCAGUAUCAGUAUUGGUGCUUGGCCCCUAGUCGCUCACAGCCCGCAAGAUGCGAGAGCCGAAUAUGCCCCCCACCCACUCAUUGUAUAUAGAUAAACCCUUUAACACAGUUAAAGGGAGCAAUUUCCGAGAUACACACUCGUGCCCUGAGCGGGGCGGAAAGGGUUCUCAAUACCCACAAUUCUCAUGAGAGUAACCCAUACCUGUAGGGGAUGCUUGAACAAAGAAAGGGUAUAUUAUACGAUGGCCACUCGGGUACGGUACGAUACGAUGCUUCUCAAGGUCAGGGAUCCGAGAAAUUCGAACCGGGGCGGAUAAACCAAUUACCGGUACUUUGGCGCUCACUCCCCCGCACUUUGGAGCAACCCAUACGGCCGACACCGGCAGAUGGAAGCCCGGGAUUCCAACCGGGCAGCGGAGAUCAUUCAUACAUAGUAUACCAAAUUUUUUUUGGAGGUGGGAGAAACGAUAUGCGAGUGAGAUUAUAUGAUUUCCCGGAGGUCUACCCCCCGAACAGGCCAAAGCAGGGCAAGAUUUGAAAAUUUCGUGCGGUACCUAGCGGUUCCCUAGGAGUUGACUGCCUGCUGUGACAUCCCCCAUGGCUGGAAGCCGUGACCCAGUCACGAUCGCGUACCGCGCGGGAUUCAAGUCACGGACUGGGAAGUGGGGGAGGGGGGGUUGCCUAUUAAGCUAACUUGUCCCUAUAUGGCCGGGCACGCGAUGUGUCCUGCUGGUCUGAAACGGGUCCGGCGAAAGGAUGGAUAAAUCGGUGGUAUAGCAAGGGGGAAGAACUGCGGCACGGCUGGAUCGUUGCCGCUGGCGGCGGGUUAGUGUGAUAAAUCAUUCGAGAGCGGGUUAUGCACUAGUAUUUCAUACUCGAACACUGUGCUGUACAGUACUAGUACUCCUACAGUAGGGUGGCGGGGGGGGGGGGGAGGGUCAUUGUGUGUGACUUCAGUCACUUUGGAUAUUUUUGUUUCCUUCCCCCCGACUUUGAUGAAUAGUAGCAAUCUUGGGUACAGCACUCCUUCCUCUUUCUUCUGUCUAGGAGUGCUAGCGCCGGGGAUUAUACAUAUGCCGGUAUCCAUGGUGCAUCACGGUUGUAGUGGAACAUUUUUUUUUUAUCAUCAUUAAGCUUCGGAGGUGUUGGUUUGAGCGGCUUUGUUUUUCUUUUUUCUUCUUCUUUUCUCUUUCUCUUGGUCAUAUCAUGAGCAUAGAAUUCAGCGAUUGUGAUGGAUGCAUGAUACAGUGCAACUUUCUUUGUGCACGAUGGUUAUCCUAGUUGGGGGGUGAAAAUUCCUCUCCUCUGCGACGCAGUACAGUACAGUACAGUAGUGGGAGGCCAGUGACAGAAAUCACCGGUAGUGCAAGCGCACAACACUAAAAUUAGUCGAUUUCAAGUACCGGUAUGGUGGUUGAUUGUCGAAUGGGAUGCAAAAAAUAAUAUAUAUAUA